AUGCAUCUCCUCUUACUUCAGCUGCUGGUGCUCCCGCCACUGGGGAAGGCUGCGUGGCCCCAGGAUGGCGGCCAGAGUCAGAGUUCUGUUCCCUCUGUGCUCCUACUAGAGAGGAGUCCCAGAGAGCUUCCCCUGGGCAACCACGGGGAGGCUGAGGAGAAGCCAGAUCUGUUCGUAGCCGUGCCACACCUGGUAGGUGCCAGCAUUUCGGGGGGAGGCCGGUGGCAGAGAGAGAAGAUGCUAUUCAGGUUUGGCAGGUUCUGGAAGAAGCCUGAGAGAGAACUGCACCCAACCCAGGACCCUGUCAGUGAGCAAGGCCCACCUGGGACCCAGGCCCUUCCUCAGUCCAAGGCUGGGAUGCAGAUAAAGAAGUCUCCUCUUCAGGAAGAAGCCAAGAGAUUCUGGCACCGCUUCAUGUUCAGAAUGAGUCCGGCUUCUCAGGGGGUCAUCCUCCCCAUCAAGAGCCACGAAGUGCACCAGGAGACGUGCAGGACCCUGCCUUUCAGCCAGACGGUCGCCCAUGAAGAUUGUGAGGAAGUGGUUGUACAGAACAACCUUUGUUUUGGGAAAUGCGGGUCUGCUCGUUUUCCUGGAGCGGCACAGCACCCCCAUACCUUCUGCUUCCACUGCUCGCCCGCCAGGUUCACCACAAUGCACUUGCCGCUGAACUGCUCAGGCCUCGCCCCCGUGGUCAAGGUGGUGAUGCUGGUGGAGGAGUGCCAAUGCAAGGUGAAGGAGGAGCACCACGAGCAUGGACACCUCCUACAGGCAGGCUCCCAGGAAGAAUUCCAUGCCCAGGAGCCCUUUAUCCCAGGGGUUUCAACUUAGAAAGCAAUCCCACAAUUACCUAGAACAGCAAAACCACAAUAGCCAAGUUGCUGAUGAUUCAGUCUGGAAGUAUUCAGUGGGUACAUAAUCUUUCAACUGAAAGGUGGUGAAAAAGUAGUAAGAUAGAACAACUUGGAGGAAAUGGUAUUCAUCUGGUUAUCAGUACCAAAUGGUAUCUAGUUUUGACUCUGCUGAAUACUAGCCAUGGAAUGUUAAGUUGUGGAAGCUUUCUCCACCUGGAGCUGUUCAUCUAUAAAUGAGGGACUUGAACUAGAUGAUUCUAAAGUCCUUUUCACUACUAAUAUUUCAAUAAUGAUCCACUGUCCCCAAGUUUUGGUAAAAUCCCUCCCUCUGAAGGAGGAAAAGAAAUAAACUAGAUCAUAAAACUAGGCUUCUUUAAUAGCUCGUGAAAGCACCAGCAAACGUAUAUACACCUAACAUUCACAGGAGGAUUCCUCAUAUUUAUAGCUGCCUUUGCAUUUCAGGCAGUAGUUUAUUUGACUUCUAUCGGAUGAUUAAGUCGUUCCACAGAUGUAAGGAGUAACUUGUUUGGUUUGUCUGCUUAUUUUUGAUACUCCCCAUAUAAAGUUCUCUGGUUUUGAAGAGGAACAUUGAUGUUACUUUUAGUGCUUUCCACGGAGAUGAGGAACAGUCAUGGGUAGCCAAACAAGUACCUAUUUUAUGGGGAAGGAAAAAUAGGUAAAUCCAGAAUUAAAGGUCAAUUCAGAGAUGCUAAUGAAUGUAACCAAGAAAUU